UGAACGUUUUCGGAAUGACAGUUUAACCUAUUUUGUCCACCACAAAAAAUGUCAUUUCUAGCUUCUGAUUUGACAAUUUUGAUAUCAGUAUGAAUUUGCUUACUAGUAUCAAUGGUUGGAUCAGUUAGUAAAGUUACGCCCAUGGGGGCAGAAAAGAAAACCCCACAGCGUAGUCUUCUCGUCGAUCUCCUGAUAGUUCUGUUUGGCGUGAGUUCAUGGGUUGCAGUUAAUGGCCUAUGGGUCGAACUUCCAGUUCUGGUAAAAAUUUUACCAGAGUCUUGGGAAUUGGCAUCGUACAUAGUUGUGACAUCCCAAGUGGCCAAUUUGGGACCAAUCCUAUUCAGCGCCGCCAGGAAAAUCUGGUCGCAAAAGGUCCUUGAAAUUCCCUUCAUCCAUAGCUCUCUAGCUCUAGUCAUCACAGCAUGCAUCCUCUUGAGCAUAUUUUGGGAUGUAACAACACACAUUGGCAAUGAACUGCACAGCACUGCUCUUCUAGUAUUGACUUUCUUCAUGUCCCUCGUGGACUGCACUUCUUCUUUGCUCUACCUACCUUUUAUUGCCAACUUCAAAGAGCAGUACGUAAUAUCUUAUCUGGUUGGUGCUGGUCUCAGCGGACCUAUACCAGGCCUACUCGCUCUCGCCCAAGGUGUGGGAGGUUACGCACAAUGCAUAAACGUGACCGUGACCAACGUGACUGAAGGUGGGAACGUCACGGAAUACGUGGUUCAACCUUACUAUCCUCCGCCAAGAUUUUCGACGAAUAUCUUCUUCAGCUUGUUGUCUGCUCAGAUGGCAGUGAGCUGGGUCGCGUUUGUCCUGCUCAAUAAGUUACCAUCAGUGAAGAAGGAAAGGGUAUCAUUCAUUCCUGUCGUUACUCCGAAACACCCCGCAGUGGAUGAAAACUUCCAAAGUUCAACGGAUGCCAGUGUCAGCAUUGAGAAGACCACAUCUUCUGAACAGAAUCUGCUGGGACGUCCAUUCAUAAAUUUCUCUCAGUACAUAUUUCUACUCGGCAUUCAAGGAUUUGUUAGUGCCAUGCAUAACGGAGUCCUUCUGUCAGUGCAAACGUAUUCAUGUUUACCAUACGGCAGCAUUGCUUACCACUUGACCGUCACUUUGUCUAGUAUAGCCAACCCACUGAGCUGUUUCUUGGCGAUAUUCCUGCCUGUGUACAGCGUGGGCGCUGUGGCGGGACUCACAGUCUGUGGCACCUGUUGGGCCGCCUACAUCCUAGCCACUGCUCUUCUCAGUCCCACCCCACCGUUCGUAGGAACUACCCUGGGAGCUUGUCUAGUAGUUAUUGCAUGGGUAAUGGUUUGUGGUUUGGUAGCCUUCAUCAAAGCAUGCAUUGCAGCCAUCUUAAGGAGACAAGGAGGUCAAACGGCUCUGUAUCGAUGCGGUGUCGUCACUCAAAUAGGAUCAGCAAUAGGAGCUGUUACCAUUUUCUUGCUCUUGCGAUACACAGACUUAUUCCAAUCUUACUCACCUUGCAGCUGAGACAGAAGACGGUCAAGUUAAUUUAUCUUGCCACGGAAAAAGAUCAA